UGCAUGGAUACCAUCACGGCCGACCUCCAGUUACCUCAUCCAUGGUCUCUCCUCUUUGCCGAUGACGUAUUCCUCGCCAGCAAAGAAGGAGAAGAUACCCAAACGACGAUGCAACUCUGGAAGAUCCGGCUCGAUGAAUAUGGCAUGCGGCUUAAUACGAAAAAUACCGAAUACCUGGAAGGAGGCCCCCAAACUGAUGGCACCAUCAUGAUUGACAACGAAGAGUUGAAGAAGACAGAAGAGUUCCGCUACUUGGGCUCAGUCAUCAGCUACAAUGGAAAUAUAACCUCCGAUGUCUGAGCAUGAAUAAAUGCAGCCUGGUUAAAAUGGCGACAGGUCACUGGUGUCCUUUGCAACAGAAGAAUGCCAGAUCGACUCAAGGGAAAAAUCUACAAAGCGGUGGUCUGCCCAGUAGCCCUGUAUGGUUCCGCAUGUUGGCUCGCAUUGACCACACAUGAACAGGCUCUAAACACCAUGGAGAUGCGCAUGCUUCGAUGGAGCCUGGGAAUUACAAGACGGGACCGUGUUACGAACAAAGGCAUACGGAAGCGAUUAGGUGUAGCCCCAAUUAAGGAAAAGAUGCUUGAGUCCCGCCUGAGGUGGUAUGGACACGUGAUUCGAAGCGAUGAGAACUCGGUAGCAAAAACGGCAAUGAUGAUCGACCCAGAAGGAUGCCGGCCUCGAGGCAGACCGAAGAAACGGUGGAUGGACAAAAUAAAGGAGGACAUUAAGACCAUUAACGCAUCACCUGAGGACGCCUUGGACAGGACCUAA